AUGAUGACUCAGAUACUUUCUCCUGGUUUAAAUGUGUGAAGGGGCAGGUGCAUGAACCAGAGAAUCUAAUGCCUACACAAAUAAUUCCCGGAAGAGCUCUCUAUGAUGUUGGUGACAUCGUUCACUCCGUAAGAACAAAGUGGGGAAUAAAGGCAAAUUGUCCGUGUGCAAAUAAGCAGUUCAAGGCACUGUCAAAGCCAACUCUAAAGGAGGAUUCAAAACAGAACUUGGUAGCUGGAGAGAGGACCAACCUUCAGCAUAACAGCUUGAUCCUGAGCCCCCAAGUCACUACACAUGAUCCUCCUUUAAAGUCAGCGACUGGAAGCAAACAAACUGCUUCAGUAAACACUUCUCCUUCCUUAAGCUGGUUAUCCAAUCUGACAAGUGGAAACGUGAAUAAAGAAAACAAAGAGAAACCACUCGUACCUGUUUCAAAGAAUGACAAUAAACCUCUUCAGACACUCCCCAGUUUAGCCAAGCCUGCUGCAGCCCUGCAGACAUUCAACAGUGCGAUAUUAACACCUGUGAGCAACAACAACUCAGGUUUCUUGCGGAAUCUGUUGAACUCUUCUGGAGGAAAGACGGACAGUGGACUCAAGAGUACACCCAAAAUCCUUGAUGACAUUUUUGCCUCCCUGGUGCAAAAUAGAACCGUUACAGACUUGCCUAAGAAACCCCAAGGACUGACUAUAAAGCCCACGAUAAUGGGCUUUGACACACCUCACUACUGGCUGUGUGAUAACCGCUUGCUGUGUCUUCAAGAUCCCAACAACGAAAGUAACUGGAAUGUCUUCAGGGAGUGCUGGAAGCAGGGACAGCCUGUCAUGGUGUCAGGAGUGCAUCACAACUUAAAUGCAGACCUCUGGAGACCAGAGUCUUUUAGGAAGGAAUUUGGCCAACAGGAGGUAGAUCUGGUUAACUGCAGGACCAAUGAAAUCAUCACUGGAGCUACUGUAGGAGAUUUCUGGGAUGGAUUUGAAGAUAUUUCAAGUCGUCUCAGAACAGAAGAAGGAGAGCCAAUGGUGUUGAAGCUUAAAGACUGGCCUCCGGGAGAAGACUUCAGAGACAUGAUGCCUUCUCGGUUUGAUGAUUUGAUGAAAAAUAUUCCCUUGCCGGAAUACACUAGGAGAGGUGGCAAGCUGAACCUUGCAUCAAGACUCCCCAACUAUUUCGUACGACCGGAUUUGGGCCCCAAGAUGUACAAUGCGUAUGGCUUAAUAACACCAGAGGAUAGAAAAUAUGGCACAACAAACCUCCAUUUAGAUGUGUCUGAUGCAGCGAAUGUUAUGGUUUAUGUGGGUAUCCCUAAAGGCCAGGCUGAUCAAGAAGAAGAAGUGCUUAAAACCAUACAAGAUGGUGACGCUGAUGAAUUGACAAUAAAGCGUUUUACUGAAAGUCGAGAAAAGCCUGGAGCUCUGUGGCACAUUUAUGCUGCUAAAGAUACAGAGAAGAUUCGGGAAUUCCUUAAAAAGGUUGCAGAAGAACAAGGUCAAGAAAACCCUGUAGAUCACGACCCCAUCCACGAUCAGAGUUGGUACUUGGACCGAUCGCUACGCAAACGCCUUCAUCAGGAGUACGGAGUUCAAGGCUGGGCUAUUGUACAGUUUCUAGGAGACGUAGUUUUCAUUCCAGCUGGAGCUCCGCACCAGGUCCACAAUUUGUACAGUUGCAUUAAGGUCGCAGAAGACUUUGUAUCCCCAGAGCAUGUCAAACAUUGCUUCUGGCUCACUCAGGAAUUUAGAUAUCUGUCGCAUACGCAUACGAACCAUGAAGAUAAACUGCAGGUGAAGAAUGUCAUAUACCACGCUGUGAAAGACGCGGUUGGGAUACUGAGAGCUAACGAAUCCAGCCUUAGCAGACCGUAAAGUAGAAAGCCUUAACCACACACUAUGAAACAGAAGCGUUGGCAGCUGUUUUAACGGACUUUGAGAUUAUAUGAAUGUUACCUCAUCUUUCUUUUCAGCAGUACCAGAGGAUCGUGGUACUAUGUUCUGUGUAUUCUUCCAAUGUUUACAAACCUGAUAUGUAUAUGUAGUAAUAUGUAUGGACUGUGGCAUACUGUGAAUGCUCAGUUGCAAUAGAACUUUAUAUGGAGUUGCUCUCCGAACUGUACAAAAUACCUCCUAUAGAACUGUCGGAAACUAUUCCAAACUACUCAUUUGAAAAAUAUUAUUAAAGACGUUGUAAAGCUCCAGUUUUUAAAAUUUCUUUUGGGGUGAGAGGAAGUAUGGAGUCACCCAGUUUAUUAAUAACCAAUUUACAUAAAAAUAAGAAUGCAGUUCUUCUUUCACAUUAACAUAGAACUAGCAUUUAAAAGUAGCUUUAAGCUAUUGUAUAGUAACAUAGAGAUGGGGGUUAACCAUCUUUAGGUAAAUGUAUUUAAAUUUCUAAAUGUUAAAAGAAACUUUUAAUCAAAUGUCUUCUGUUUGAAACUGCUCUUUAAUUUGAACCAAUGUUUGAUUCUCUGGUUUUUAACACUGAAUGGUCUACAUAAAAUUCUUCUAUUUCA